AGACGAAGAGGCUGAUCACGGGGCGAAAUUUCUGCAACUUCUACGAGGUUCUCGGUGUCUACCCGGGCGCGACCUACGUCGUCAUGAAACAAGCCUACGAGGAAAAGCUUGUGGUUUACCACGAGCAAACGAAGGACCUAAAGAAAACGGGCUUCAGCUUUUCCCCGGAAACGAAGAAGUUCAUUCACGAGUUUCGGAAGCAGCUCUACUGGAUGCUGUCCGUCGCGAAGAAUGUGCUGCUGACACAGGACCCGAAGAUGGGGAAAGGAAAGUACCUGAUUCCCAACAAAGAGUACAAGCAAUGGCUGACCACCUGGGACACGGAACUAGCCGCCUGGCGGGCUGAGUACAUCGAGAAAAUGCGAAUCGAGCAAAACAAACAAAAGCAGCAGGAAGCGGCCAUCGCGGACAGGAAGAAAAAUAAACGUAUGGCAGCAGCAAGUAGUGGCCAUCUUGAUGUCGUGCUGCGCGGAGGUGAUGAAGUCUCUACUUCGAGUGAAGAGCAGGAGGGAGAUCAUGACGAGGGCGAACAAGAAGAGCCGGGGCACCAGCUUGUGGUUGACAAGAAGCGGAAAAAGAUUCUCAAGGGCCUGGAUGACUACGAGGAAGAGGAGGAAGCGGGCACGAACCCGUCGAUGCAGAAGUUGCUGACGCUCUUCAGCGCGGUGCAUCGGGAGCCCAAGGUGUUCCAGGCCUGGGUCGUGAAGCACCGCAUGCCGCUGAAGCGGACCAAGCUGCUUUGGGAGGCCUUUUUGGAGGACCCGAUUCGGUACGGGUCCGGGAGUGCGGAAGACGAGAAGGCGUUUGCCGUGCGCGCGCGCGAACUGAAGGACGACGCGCGGAGGCGGGACCAGCGGGACCGCUCUUUGAUGGAUCACUGGAUGAAGAAGCGGGACAGGGAGAUGGAGUACCAGCAAAUGUGCGAAGAGAAGGGUUAUGGAUUGCAAAAAUGUCUGGGUCUGGAAGAUUACAACUUGUCAUGCUACAUCCGAAUAAUGCAAAAAUCUGUGUUGCAUGAGUGCCAAAAGCUGUCCACUUUCGACCAAGUUGGGAGGCAGUUUCUCAUGCAGGAUAGGCAUGGCAGAGACCUCACACACUCUGUCAUACUAGGUCCCGCAUUCCAGAUAUCAUGGGUCAUGGAAAACCUGCAUGACAAGCUUACACUCUUCCAGACCCAGACACUUUUGCAAUCCAUAAGGGUCUGGAUCCCGAGGGGCUGCUCUGUCCCACGAAGAAAGCGACGCGGAAGCUAUCAAAGUGAAAAAUGCCCCCACCCCCAAAUUUGCAAAAAUUUGUGAUGCGAAGUUUCCAAAUGAAAACUUUUUGCCAUGCAUGAAAGGAGUAUGAAUCUUUCUGAUGCAGAGUCUACUUAGGCGUGUAUCGCAUCGCUUGCAUGACAAGCGCUGCUCUUACUGGGAUCUUUUGCAACGCAAAUUUUUGCUAUUCACGAUUGGAAUUAUUCUGUGACGCUGAUAGAUGCAAGAGGGCGAGUGUUUCAUGUGGAAAGGCUUGCAAUACAAAUGUCCCCAAGUUCGAGGGUGGUGGCAUUUUUCAGUUUGAUAGAAGCCGACCAGCGAAGAGCUCGCGGCCCUGGUGUCGCUCCGCACCACGGGGUGCCAAUUUCAGGGCGCGACCGGGCCGGGCAUCACCAUCAUAUUACAAUAAAAAAUGCCCCCACGAUCGCGGAAUUUGCUAAAGUUCUUUCUCAUGCGAAGUUUCCAAAUGCAAUCUUUUUGUCUUGCAUGAAAGGACUACGACCCUUUAUUCUGAUGCAGAAUCUAGGUGCGCAGCAAGGUAUCUUUUGCAUAACAGAUCCGGCUGCUGUUGGGCCCCUUUGCAACACAAAUUUGAGCUAUUCAGCAUGGAAAAUUUGUGAUGCUGAUAGAUGCAAGACAGAGAGUGUUUCCAUUGGAAAGCUUUGCAAUACAAAUGCUGCCAGGUAGUUCUGGGGUGGGGGCAUUUUUCAUUGUAAUACUUCAAGCCGCAGAUUCUCACCGCAGUCAAGGACGAAGACGCGGUUUUCGUCACGAGGGACGCUUUAUCAAAUGCAAGUAUUCCUGGAUGUCUGGAAGGAUCCAGCUUGUGAUGCUGUCCUUGGAUUCUAGAAACAUCUGUAUUGCCUCGCCAGUUUGUGCUAUGUCACGGAGGGGCCGCCAUUUCUCAUGCGAAAUAGGCAUCAGGAAACCCUCUAAAAAUCUGUUAUGCUAGGUGAUGCAUUAGAGGCACCCUGGGUCAUGCAAAACAUGCAUGGCAAGCCUGGCAAUCUUCCAGAAGACCCAGACAUACUUGCAUUCCAUACGCCUUCAGCUCCUCCUGGAAGCGCAUGACGUCGAACUGUCGUACCGGCGAAGCGCGGAACGUGGAGGAGAUGGCGCUGGCCCGGGAUUUCAACCGUAUCCGUGAGGGGAAGCUGAACCCCGCGCAGCAGGCUGAGCGGCUGAAGAAGCGGACGGAACAGCAAAUCGCCGAAAUGAAGGGACUCACAAAUAACAAGAAGAAGAACAUGUCGGUUUUGGCCCUCGAGGACGACUGCAAUCCGGGAACGAAGAUCUUGCCUAUUGAGGACGAUUUUGUUGUUCAUCCGGAACAACAAGAGGGCCAGAAAAACAACAAGAAGAAGCUAAAGGGCCGCGGCAAGAAUCCUGUAGUAGAAAUCGCGGACGAAGACAGAGAAGAAGACGAUGAUGAGCAACUAGAAGUAGAACAGGCGGAGGUUCUACAGGGGCAAGAAGAAGAAGAAGAACAAUGGCAAAAAGCUGGACGACGUGGUCGAGAUAAGAAGGACAACAAGAAGAACAAUUUCCAGCUGAGCGACUUUGAAGACGAGGAGGGUGUGGAGGUCUUGGAGGACUUUGACGACAUUUUGGACAGUGAUGACGUAUCAAGUGCAAAAGUGUCUGGGUCUGGAAGAAUGCAUGUUUGUUAUGCUUGUCUGGCAUGACUCUACUUAAAUCUGUCAUGCACGUUACCCACACGCUCCAUUUUCCUGUGAUGCAGAAACGCAGUUUGUCAUGCAGAAUAGGCAACACCUAGAAGCUCAGAAACUUGUCAUGCUGAGCCAGCAUUUGUGGCCUCAUCAUGAGACGCCACCCAGCAUUACAAGUUUCCAGACCCAGACACUUUUGCAUUUUAUACGACGUCGGGGAUCAUGAAGAUGUGGAGGACGAGGACGACGAGAUCGAGGUUCCACAAAUAAAAGUAGAGCACCGGAACAAAAUGAUGAAAGAACUACCGCCCGGAGUUCCCCCUCUACCCAACCCUUACGACUUGGAUGAGUGUCGGCGGUUGCUGAAUGGCUUCGAAGCUUCGAGGUCGAAAUCGAAGUCCGCGGUGUCGAGCAAAGAAAACAAAAAGAACAAGAAAACUGCUUCUCGUUGUGACCUAGCGGAACCUAUCAAAGAAAUAAAAUUCAGGUUUAAGCUAUCGGAACCUGUCGAGAAAGCAACCAUCGAAAAAUUCUGGAAGCUAGCGGAACCUAUCAAAGCAUUCAACAAUGCUCAUUCGAGUAGUAAGGGCAAGACUACCACAGCAGGAGGUUCUUCCAGUUCCAAAGCGGACGUAAAACUUGUAUCGAAGAGCAUAUCAAAUGCAAAAAUGUCUGGGUCUGGAAGGGUGAAACUUGUAAUGCUGUCUGUGGAUUCCAAAAGUAUCUGUGUUGCAUGAGCAGCAAGAGGGGUCCAGUUCUUGGCACGCGGAGAGGGCAUUUGUCAUGCGUGAUAAGCAUCAAGAAGCCCUCAACAUAAAAUGUGUGAUGCUAGGACCUGCAUCACAGACCUCCCGGGUCAUGCAAAAUGUGCAUGACAAACUCCGACUCUUCCAGACCCAGACAUAUUUGCAUUCGAUAGAGCAAAAAGAUGAACAAGAACGAGUACAAGGAAGACGAAGAAGAUUAUUUCGAAGACAAAUUCGCGGGCGAAUACUUCGUCGGGAAAGAGGAUAAAAGCGAAGAUGAAAGCGAAGACGAAGUAAACCAAUACGAAGAUUAUCACGAUGAACAAGAUUGGUGGAACAAUUACUACGAAGAAGCCAGCGGCGGUUACUCUACUUACAAGACGACGAAAAAGAAGAUUAAGAAUGACCUUGGUUGUACUUCGAAAAAGCAGUCCUCUAGCAGCAGCAGCAGCUGUUCUUCCUCUGUAGUAAAGAAGGAUAAGAAUAGCAAAUCCACCAAACAAGGCAGGAGCAAAGUAGAGACGAGCGACCAGCUUGCCAUCGUUCCAGUGAAACAGACGAACAAGAGACGAAAAAUGGACGACCUAUCAACAUCCGGUCAAGAACUUGUCCCCGCCACCGUUCCCUUGUGGAAGCAACCGCGGCCGGCAAAGACGCGUCUCCAAAGCUUGAACAUUUCCUCGACCAUAUCCUGAGUAAAAACGUCCCCAUACCAGAGUCAAGAUGGAAAAUCUGCUAGACAAAUCAGCCAACUUUGGUUGUUUCGCAUGACAAAAUUGUCCUCGUAGUGUAAUGCUGUUUAGCUAGUUCGGCAGCAUCACAGAUAUAGCAUGCCAUGCUAUGCAUAGCAUCACAAAUCCCAAAACACGACUAGAAAAAGCUUCUCAUGUGGCUUCGCAUGAGAAACUUUUUUGGCAUGCAGAUUUGCAUGACAACUCUGGGGUGGGGACGUUUUUACUCAGAAUAGACCAUCGUGCAGGCCCUGUUGGACCCGGAAUCGGAGAUCAGCAAGACGUAUGGAAUGUAAAAAUGUCUGGGUCUGGAAGAUUGCAGGAGUUUGUCAUGCAUCUUCUGGAUCAACACGCAACUGGUCUCUAAUGCACGCAAAAGCAUUACAGGUUUUGCGUAGGCCUCCUGAUGUCUAUCCCGCAUGAGAAAUUUCGUAUUUGCGUAGCAAGAAGUCGGAAGGUUCUGGUCUUUAUGCAAUACAAAUUUUUGCCUAUUCCAGAAUUCGCAUGACAAGUUCCAAUUCUUCCAGACCCAGACAUUUUUGCAUUUGAUAAGACGGCGAAAUUGGACAUGGAUGCCUUGCCGAAGAACAUCCGCAAGGCCUUCCAGCGCGGGGCCAACACCUCCGGCAAGUGCCUAUCAAAUGCAAAAAUGUCUGGGUCUGGAAGGAUGCAACUUGUGAUGCUACCUCUGGACUCUACAUAAAAUCUGUAUUGCAUGAACAGCGAAAGAGGUGUAUUUUGUACUACGCGGAGAGGGCAUUUCUCAUGCGGUAUGAGCAUCAGAAAGCCCUCGCAAAAUCUCUGAUGCUAGGGCAUGCAUCACAGACCUCACGGGUUAUGCAAAAUCUGCAUGACAAACUCCUGCAUUCUUCCAGACCCAGUCAUUUUUGCAAUCCAUAGUGCCGCCGCGCCUACGAGUACUUCACCGACCUUGCCUGUGGGCCGCGGAUGCGCAUGUCGUAUCAAAAUGAAAAAUCCCCCCUCCCCAUAUCGAAACGAAGUGUGUGAUGCUGGAUUUGCGUCCUCCACAAAUUAGAUUUGUCUUGCUGACGAGGACUGCAGGCCCACGUUAAGCCUGAGGGGAGAGGUUUUGGCGUAGUCGCUUAGCAUGAGAAACGUCUGCGCUGUAGGCUAAACAGUAUCACAAACCGCCUGCAUAAUGCGGCGGAGCUUGUGGAGUUGCCUUCUUGCAAGACAGAGAUGAUUUGUGGUCGCAAAUCAGCAUUGCAAAUUUUCUGCGACGUACCUUUUCGAUAUGGGGAGGGGGGAUUUUUCCUCACAGUAUGUCCCUCACGAACUUUCGUUCCGCGUACGAGAAGCGGUAUAGGAAGGAUGACAUCGAUUGGGAGAUCUACAAGUGCUACAACAUUUCCAUCGAACUGGUGACGAAGAUGCAGGAAGCUGUAAACGCACUGAUCAAGGACCACCAGCGGCUGCGAAAGACGGACAUGAUCUCGAAAAAGGAGGUAAACGACGUGAAAAAACUGCUGUACCGCGGUCUGCACGCCCUGGGCUUGAUCACCUACGACAAGAACCGGGACGAGAUUGUGCACAAACCGAAGGGGGUCAGCUGGGUUUUCAACGUGGUUCUGGCGCCGUUUGCGAACACCAGCUCCUUGAAGACUUGCGACGUAUUCAAAGACGAGUACACCUGGAGUACGCAGGAUUUCGUCAUGGCCUUUUGGUGGAGCCGCAUCGAAGCCGAAACCAUGAUUGAAGCCGUGGAAAAGCACGGUGCCGAUUACAUCCCAGACGAAAUUCCGAAUUUUCGCAAAACCGACGGGGUUCGGUCCAAGGAAGAGAAGGAGUUUCGGAAACGAGUGAAGAUAUGGAGUGGAAGAAAUUUGUAUGGGUCUGGCGCUGUGGAAAGGAAAGGAUGACGCGACUUUGUUUAUUGUUUUGCUGGUCAUUCUUGCAUGUUGACGCAGCGGUCUUUCGUACAGCACCACAAGUUUUGCGAGGCAGCUACUUGCAGAUUCAUUCGUGAGUCGCAUGAAAAAUGUCAGCACGACAAAGGAGCCGGGCAGUCCUGUUCAUAGAAGUACAAUACAGAGCUUCUUCGUGCUUGAAAUUCUGCAUCACAUAUAUGCGUGAAAUUUCGCAUCACGGGGAUGAAGAAAUACUCGCGAUGUUUUCGCGGUUCUGACCCUAUGCCGUUCCAGCGCCUGCGGAGGCUUGCCUCCUCAGCGAUGUUGGACAAUGGCAAUGUCGGUGCGGUUGUUUUAGCAUCACAUAUACACAGAUACAACUCCAGACCCUGUUACCAUAUUUGCAAUGGAUAGAAGAAGAGUCUUUACAACGCGAUGCUGCACCAGAACCGCAAGGAGAACGGUAUGGCGUUCUCAAAUGUUACAUUCUCAAUUGUUACACGAUUUGUAAUGCAAAAUCACAAUCAGAAUCGACACGAUCAAGCUGCGUCGCAUGACAACUUCUCGAAGAGCCAAACAGGCUGAGAAUCUUUGCCAGAUCUGUCAUGCAAGACGCGAAGUCUGACCCCUUUCACUUUUCCCAUUCUUGCAUCACAAAUCCAUGUAACAGUUGAGAAUGUAACAGUUGAGAACGCCAUAAACGGCAAAGAGGACUUGUCCGCCAAGUUGGACGCCUUCGCCAAGUGCCUGGAGGGGGUAUCACAGGAAAAAAGUGUUACAGUUACACACAUAGUCUAUGCAAGACCGGCAACACAGACAACCUUUCUCAUGCAGGAAAUGCUUGGGAGCCUCGUUUUCUUCCUGUUUUCCCUUAUGAUCUUCGCAUUACAAGUGGUCUCUGCCACACAGAGAAAAUUUGUGAUGCAGAAACUCCAACAAAUGUGUAACUGUAACACUUUUUUCUCAUGAUAGGGGGAAGACGAGCUAAACUACAACGAAAAUUCUUCGCACGCGGGCAACAAGAAACAAGCCGCCACCAAACGUCCCCAGCUCGACAAAAAGCAGGUUCUGAAAGACAUCCAGAACGACAUAUCAAAUGUAAAAAUGUCUGGGUCAGACCCAGUCUGGAAGAGUGCAAGUUUGUCAUGCUUGUCUGGCAUGACUCGAGAAUCUGUGUUGCAUAGGCGCGAAAAGGCCCUCUUGCCUGUCAUACAAAAACGCAGUUUGCCAUGCGGAAUACGUAAGACAUGGCAGCCAAAAAAAUUGUCAUGCAUAGCUGCGCAUUGGCAUUACAGUGCGUCUUCCAUUCACUUUUAGCAUUACAAGUUUCCAGACCCAGACAUUUUUGCAGUUCAUACGACAUCGCGAGAAACAAGUUCGCGAGGAACGCAAGCGCAGCGAAGAAAAAAGAAAUCGCUGCGCUGGUUACUAACGCGACCAAGACAGAUUAUUUGAAGACGACAAAAACGUCGUCCAACAAGCGAAAAAUGAUGAACCCUAAACAAGCACAAGAGGAGGCGGAUGAGGACAACUACGGAAAUAAAGCUGCGAUGAGCACCAGCUCCGAAGAUGAAGUAAAGCCGUUGGCGAAAAAGAAAAAGACGAGCUCUAGUACAACUGGCUUUGGCCGCGGAGUGAAGAACAUGAACAAGCACCGCACCGCCACGGCGGACCCGAGCGCCGGCGGUGCGCAGCUGCGGUGGGGGCCGGUCGAGCAUGUAGCGCCGAUGCGUAUCCAAGAAAAAAACACCGUCACAAUCACAGUUGGGAAGUUUUGCAUCAGAAAUUUGUCUCGCAUAACAAAUUUUUCUUGUAUUGCAAAAACACAAAGGGAAAUCUCCUAUGACUUUUGACUGUGAUGCAGUUUUGCGCAUGACAAAAAUGUUUGUAUUGCAAAACUGUGCAAAAGUGAUUGUGAUGGUGUUUUUUUCUUGGAUAAUGCGGCCACGGUUGGUACUGAACGAGGAAACGGGGGAGCUGGAGUAUGACCUGCUGAAACGUUACAAUCUCAAAUCGGUUACCAUAGAAUUUGGGUUUUGUGUUGCAUGACGAGCAUGACAGACUCGGACAGCAUUCCACUUUCUGCAAUACAAAUUUCGCCAGAUUUUUGUACUGCGGUUUGGGGCUCCGGAACUUGUCAUGCGCAAUCCUAUGAGAGUUGGCUAGAUCAUGCAAUCUUGCUCUUGCACCACAGAUUUCCAUAUUCUAUGGUAACCGAUUUGAGAUUGUAACACCUGAGCGGGUUAUAUGGAGCAGGUGCCAGCGGAAGAGGUUGACCACGAGAACGACCCCUUUUGCUUGAAGAUGAUGGGAAUGGGCGGCGCGGGCUUGGUGAACGGGAUGAAAGAUUUCGAGGAAUUCGUGUUGCUGCUCGAGUCCGAGGAGUGGAAAACGCGGGGCGAGGACGGACUUCCGUUGAUGGACGCGAAGGGGAGAAAUAAACGCGGUAAAAAAAACCCGUCGGCGAUCGAGGAUAUUAAGCCCGCCGAGCAGUAUGAACAGCUCCUGGCAUUGGAAGAUGAGCAGGGAGAUGAAGCGGAGGAGGUCGUCCCUGGGGAGGUUUCUUUCAUCGCGAGUGAAAAACAAGAACUACAGUCGAAGAGCAAGAAAAAGGAUAAAAAUGGAGCAACAGCAGUUUUUACCGCGAACAGUAAAAAGAAGAAAGCAGCUGCAGAACAAGGAGCUUCCUCGUCGUACAACUGGGACUUCGACAGUGCGUCCUCUUGGGGCGAGCUCUACAAAGAGUUUUACGAAGGCGACUGGGCGGCUGACGGUGCUUGGGAUGAGGAGGAUCCGGGCUAUGAAGACCACUGGCAGGAGGGGCACGGCGGCAAAGGCGGUGGGGGCAAGGAAAACUAUGCUGCAGAUAGAAUGGAAGUGGACCAAGAGGGCGAGGACGAGAAGCCAGUGUUGCGCCAAAAGCAGAAGCAGGAUAAAAAAUUGCAGAAGAAAACUGCGAAUGCGGACCACCGGAAAAAGGGUCGCGGCGGACCAGUGGCGGCCUCGGUCGCGGGGGAGUAGGAAUUGGUGGAUAAGGUUCUCUCGUCGCUUGGAUGAUUCUUCAUUUCAUGAAAGAAUAAGUUUUGUGUCCACUUUAACAUCGCUGCAUACUACCACUACCCGGUAGGACGUUAGGGACGAUGCUAUCAGACAGUGUCAAGAAACUGUUCGUAGGACAAGGCUAUUCACUAAUACCCGAACUGGCGUGCUCAAAGACGAGAAAAGAAUCGCACAACCACUCAGCGAGCUUAUCUUUAAUCACAGGCUAGGUGGUGACGUAGUGUUCCCUUGCGAGUUUCUUACGUAGUUAUAUUUCAAGCUCUUUGUUUUCUACUACUGCUAUGACUACCACCCAGUACGCAGGUUCUUGAAGAUGCAACGAACAUCGGCAGGCUACAGCUUCAUCUGCUGCACAAAAUACAAGACCGCGGUCUUUCCUGCUUUAAUACGGCGCGUGAUCACAUUGCUUUUGCUGUGGGCAAUGGUGUCAAUCGCAAGGAAAACGAACUUGUUACUGCGGAAAAAGUACGAGUUCGAAGAGAGUUGACCUGAGGGCAAUAUCAAAAGCACCAUGGAAAAACAAUAAACAAAGACACCAGGAGCAGCUGGGGCUGCCAACGUAAGGGAAACAUUUACACUUCGAACAAUGAAACCGAAU